UCUAUACUCCUCAUCAUGCAUGUCAUUGCAAUGGAUUUCUAUGGCAACAAAACCCUCCUAACCUUAAUGGACAAAGAAAAAACAGAACCGCAAGAAUCCCCCAACAUUCACCUUCGUGUACAAAUCCAAACUCACAAAGAAACAAAUGAACAAGAACAUGUUCAAUUUAGUCCACCAAGACAUUCUACUAAUUUUCCACAAUCACCAUGGACACUUUCCCAUCUUCCAUCUCCUUCCCCUUCAUUGCUCUACCAUUGUAUUGCCUCCCUCCACCGUCAUGAAGGAAACAUCUAUUCCAUUGCAGUUUCCAAAGGUUUCAUCUUUACUGGAUCCAACAGUAGUCGAAUUCGUGUUUGGAAGCAACCAGAUUGCAUGGACAAAGGCUACCUCAAAUCAAGCUCCGGUGGUGUUCGCGCCAUUUUAGCUUGUAACAAUAUGGUUUUCUCCACACACAAAGAUCACAAAAUUAGAAUUUGGAACUUCACUGUUUCAGAAAACUUCAAAUCCAAGAAAGUAGCUACACUUCCUAGAAGAACAAAAAACUCCAUUCUAAACUUCAACAGAACCAAAAACAACAAUCACAAACAUAAAGAAACCGUUUCUUGCAUGGCUUAUUACCAUUCAGAAGGACUAUUAUAUACUGGCUCUCAUGAUAGAACAGUCAAAGCUUGGAGAAUCUCUGAUAGAAAAUGUGUUGACUCAUUUCGAGCACAUGAAGAUCAUGUAAAUUCAAUCUUAGUAAACCAAGAUGAUGGUUGUGUUUUCACAUGUUCUUCUGAUGGAUCAGUGAAAAUAUGGAGAAGGGUAUACACAGAAAACUCACAUACAUUAACAAUGACAUUAAAGUUUCAACCUUCACCUGUUAAUGCACUUGCACUAAGUUCAUCAUUCAACCAUUGUUUCCUCUAUUCAGGAACUUCAGAUGGAAUGAUAAAUUUCUGGGAGAAGGAAAGGUUGUGUUAUAGAUUCAACCAUGGAGGAUUUUUGCAGGGUCAUCGUUUCGCGGUACUUUGUGUCGAAACGGUAGGGAACAUGAUAUUUAGUGGAUCAGAAGAUACAACAAUAAGAGUAUGGAGAAGAGAGGAAGAAAGUUGUUAUCAUGAAUGUUUGAUGGUUUUGGAUGGACAUAGAGGACCUGUUAGAUGUUUGGCUGCUUGUCUUGAGAUGGAGAAAGUUGUUGUAGGGUUUUUGGUUUAUAGUGCUAGUUUGGAUCAAACAUUUAAGGUUUGGAGAAUUAAGGUUUUUUCUGAUGAUGAAAAUGUGUGUUUGGAUGUUGUUGGUGAUAAUAAUAAUAAGUGUGGAGGGAAAGUUAAGAUUAGGGAGUAUGAUAUGAGUCCUGUUUUGUCUCCUUCUUGGGUAGAGAAGAAACUUCAGGGUAUUGGUGGGAAUGUGAGUUUGGUAUGUAAUACAAUGAUCUCAUCCUUAAUGUUACUACCAUCUGCUACAACAUUUAGAAGACCUUGUUGUAGUUGUAGCAUCACUCCAUCAUCAUCUCCAUCUUCAUCUUCUCGAAGAAUUGCUCUCUUUCAUCUUCUCACUACUGGUGCUAUUGCUUUACCACAACAAUCCCAAUUAUUUGGUGCAAAAGGAUCACAAUUCUUCAGAAUACCAGAAGCUAAUGCUGCUGAAAACUUGUUUGAUUGGGUCCAAAAUGAUAACAGAAGAUUUCUACAUGUUGUUUACAGUGUUGGAGAUUUGGACAAGACUAUCAAGUUCUACACUGAAUGCCUUGGCAUGAAGCUGUUGAGAAAACGCGAUAUACCAGAAGAUAAAUAUUCAAAUGCAUUUCUUGGAUAUGGGCCUGAAGAUUCCUACUUUACAGUUGAACUCACUUAUAAUUAUGGAGUGGAUAACUAUAACAUUGGAACUGGUUUUGGUCAUUUUGGUAUUGUAGCCGAAGAUGUUGCAAAGACGGUAGAUAUUGUAAAAGCAAAAGGGGGAAAGGUUACCAGGGAACCCGGUCUUGUCAAAGGUGGCUCUGUAGUAACUGCUUCCGUUGAAGAUCCUAGUGGUUAUAGGUUUGAGCUUUUGGAGAGAAAACUCACGCGCGAACCCUUGUCCCAAGUGAUGCUUCAAGUAGGUGAUCUUGAUCGUGUCGUAGACUUCUAUCAGAAAGCUGCAGGCAUGAAACUUCUCCGUAAGAUAGACAACCCUGAGGAAAAGUACACAGUAGCCGUGUUGGGUUAUGGUCAUGGUCCUGUUCUAGAACUUACAUAUAACUAUGGCGUCACUAAUUACGAUAAAGGAAAUGGUUAUGCACAGAUUGCAAUAGGCACAAAUGAUGUCUAUAAGACUGCAGAAGCAAUCAAAUUAAGUGGAGGGAAGAUUAUCCGUGAACCUGGACCCUUACCGGGUAUCAACACCAAGAUCGUUGUUUGUUUGGACCCCGAUGGUUGGAAAUUGGUAUUUGUUGAUAAUGUUGAUUUUCUGAAGGAAUUAGAGUGACAAUAGCAUGGUUGUAUCUAGAUACUACACUUCUUCAAUCUUCACUCAACAUAUCUAUGGAUAACCACUCCAAUCAACAUAUUUUUUAAGCGGACUUUUAUAGCCGUGCUGUCCAAUCAACAUAUCUAUGGAUAACCACUCCAAUCACUAUAUAGGGUAGGGGGGGGGGGG